UCCAUCAUCGAUGUUGUCGUUGAAUGAUAAACUUGUUUUUUUUCUCCAGCGAAUUCAUCGUUUUCUAUAGUACAAAGUUAUAUUCGCAGCAUUUUCAGCAAUAUAUAUUUUAGUCUUGUCUAAGUUGAAAAAAUAUAGUGAGACUAGAAAUUUUUUUAUUUUUCAAAUAUGUCGGGUAAAAGUUUAAUUAACUCCGUCGAAGACAUUGUUAAUGAAUCGUUAAUUGGAUGUAUAUUAACUUAUCCUCACCUCGAAUUGCACACGUCAAAAAGAGUCGUUUUGAAACCCGCGUGGAAUGCACCGAGUAAGAAAGUGUCUGUGAUAAGUGGAGGUGGCAGUGGACACGAACCAUUCACAGCAGGGUUCGUUGGAUCUGGAAUGCUUUCGGCAUCGGUUUCUGGUUCUAUUUUCGCUUCCCCACCUUCAAGCCAUAUCUUACACGCGAUUCAAUGUACUUCAACAAACAACACUGCCGGUUGUCUCGUUGUUAUUCCCAAUUACACCGGAGAUUGUUUGAACUUUGGACUGGCUAUCGAGAGAGCUCGAAAUUCAGGUUUAAAAGUUGCACAAGUAAUAGUCGGUGAAGACUGCAGCGUUCCGGAUAACGAGCUCGGCCGAGCAGGAAAACGAGCUCUACCGGGAAUUAUGUUAGUACUGAAAGUUGCAGGUGCUUUAGCUGAGAAAGGAUACAGUCUUGAAAACGUCACGAAGUACGCACAAUUGGUUGCUGAUGAUACAGCAUCGUGUUCCAUUGGACUGACCGCUUGCACUAUCCCGGGUCGCGGUCGAAUGUUUGAGCUUGCAGAUGAUGAGAUUAAUUUUGGACAAGGAUUGCACGGAGAGGCAGGCUAUAAAAGAAUCAAACUACAGUCUGCAUCGAAAAUCGUUGCUAUAAUGAUCGAUACGAUAAGGAAAGCUCUGAAGCUGCAAAAAGAAGACUCGGUUGUGGUAUUGGUCAAUAAUUUCGGAGGUCUCAGUCAAUUGGAACAAGGUGUCGUCGUAAAAGAGGUCGUUACACAGCUCCAGAACAUGGACAUCUUACCGCUCCGAGUUUAUUGCGGCCUUUUGAUGACAUCAUUAGACAGUGCUGGGAUGCACGUAUCUAUCCUCAAGCUACCGGAGAAGGAUAAAGUUUUACUUUUGGAUGCUCUUGACCAGCAAACCGAAGCACCGAGAUGGCCAGGUUGUUCUUAUAGUCUACCAUCCAACUACUAUAAAGUGCCGAUAAAAGAAGAAAGACCACAUAAGCAAACUCAUGGUCCCACUUUGACUGAAAGUCAAAAAGUAUUACUGAAAAAUUGCUUGCAAGAAGCUUGCGAGGCAAUUAUUGCAAAAGAAAAAGUCAUCAAUGAAUUGGACCUUGGCUGUGGAGAUGGAGAUUGUGGGACUACCUUGAAACAUCUAGCCGUUGGAGCAAUGUCGGCAAUUGACCAGUUGUCGCUAUUUCAACCGUCGUCUCUACUAUCAGAACUUGCAAACAUAGCGGAGGACCGUAUGGGUGGCACCUCUGGAGCAAUAUACAGUUUAAUGUUUACUACUGCAGCUGCUGAAAUGUCAAAGAAUGAAAAAGUCGAUAACUGGAUAAAAGUAUGGUCUGUAACUUGGCGAGCAGGCAUCAAUGGCAUAACGAAAUACAGUAAAGCUAGAUUGGGAGAUAAAACGAUGAUCGACGUCUUAAAUCCCUCAUUAGACGAAUUGGAUAAACACUUAUCUUUAACGUACAAGGAAGCGGCUAAAAUAGUUGCUGCAAAGGCUAAUGAAUGCUCUAAAGCAACGAAACAUAUGAUCCCAAGAGCGGGUAGGGCAAGUUACGUCAAACAAGAGCAAUAUUUGAAAGGAAUGGAUGCGGGAGCUUUUGCCGUUGCGACUUGGAUCAAUGCGAUAGCGGAAGCUUUGUGAAUUUUUUGUAAAAUAUUGUUCAGAUAAUCAAUUCGUUAUUUUCGAUUAAAACAAUAAUGUUUUAUUUACCAAAAGUCUAAGUACAUAUAAAUUAUCAGCGUACAUAUACAAUCUAGACGAACUAAUAAUCCCUACGCUUAUUACUAUAAUUACAAUAUAAGGAAGUGUAUUUCGCAUAAAAUUGAAUUUCAAAGAAAACGUAUACAGAUGCAUUUUUUCGUAUCUCAAGCUGCAUUAGACACACGCAGAGAUGCAGGCUGAUUCCCAUUUAUUAUUACUUUUUUACACACUCCGAAAUUAAUCGAACAACAACAGAUGACUUUUCUUAAUGUAGACAAUGUAUAAGCGUUUUCAAACGGAACAAAAAUCCGUAAUACGGCCGCGGCGAUCGAGCUGCGACAUUAUUCGAAAUAGUGACCCAUACUGCGCCACUCUUUGUUAAUCUACGUACACAUACAAUGUACAUUCACAUAUUAAAUAUCACAAUCUAUGAUGAGAAGUCAUAAUUUUUAUUUGUGUCUUUCACUCACUGUUUUAGAUCAUACACGCAUGACCACACAAACAUGCACUCAAUUAGUAAUUUACAAUUAAAAUAAACAUAAUUGAGAUGAUCGAUAGAACGGUUUGGCAACUUACAAAAAAUGAGUUCGUAAUACAAAAAUGAAGCGGGAGUCGUUAAUACUGAUUGAAGUAUUUAUUCAGCAUAAGAGAACACGUUGUAACGUAAUAAACAAUGCAAGUCGGCAAUAAUACUAACAAAAUAGUAAUCCGAAUGCUCCUAAUAAAUUUUGUAAAAUAGCUAUCGACAUGUAGUCAUUCUCGAUCACUCUUUUUAUACUUUUCAAGUUUUUUUCAGUAAGGAACGAAUAUUUUGUUGGCUAUAUGAUUAAUUAUUGAUUAUAAACGAGGAUAGAUAAUCGGGUAUUCUGAUGCGAUAUUGUCUUUAAAUAUGAGUUACGUACUCAUAGAAAGUAAUGCAAUCGGAAAGUAGUCUUCUUUUUUUUUUGUUACGCUUUUUUCUCGUUUUCUUCUUUCUUUUUAUAGAAUAGAUUAUUGAUAGUAGCAAUGGUUUUGUAACUAUUUAUCUUCGUUUUAAUACUUUUAGGCAUUUUUUUUCAACAACUUUAGUAGUUUCCUUUUAAAAACAAGUGUUGUUGAGUACUUAAAUUGACAAUUAAAAAGUAAUUAAAAUAAUUUUGUUUUUCACGUUGAAAAAUGCUAUGAAAUUUCAAACACCCAAACUUGAUAGUUUAACAAUUACGUUGAUGAAUAAUUUCACACAAUAAAUGUAACUAAACUAUAAUUACACUGUGCGGUCACUUUUUGCUUGUAUCUGUACAAAGAUGAAUUGUAUGUACAACACACAACUAAAAUCUCAGAUACAAAGGUACAAACUGUAUUUCCUGAAUCUAAUGAAUCGGUAAAUCAAAAUUGAAAAUAUUCAGUAAGUUGGUAAAAGAACUUUUGUUCAAAUUUAUAACUACUAAGGUUGAUUAUCUGAGAUUCGUUGGCGUCAAAAAAUCUAUACUUUCACUCGUUGAAAAUUUGUAUUUAUAUACAUGGUGUCCCACUAUAAUUUCAACAGUAAGAUAACUCAAAAAUUUACAAAAUAUUCGAAAAAUAUUUUAAAUAAAAGUUGUAUGGUUCAAAGGGGAUCAACCCACGAUGACCUCAAAUUUGACUUUGAACUUUAUAUUCAAGGUCAUCCUAAGGUCAACUUAAUUUUUUUAAAUAGGAACUCCUAUUUUUGACCCUGGAUUCGGAUAGAGUGAGGCAUUCUACCUCCAGAUGACCUAUUAUACGUUGGGUUCGAGAGAUCUCUCAAGGUCAUUUCAAGGCUUCGUUUUUUCAAAGAGGGGCCCCUAUUUUUGAGCCCCGGAUUCGAAUAGAACUGAAAAUUCUACGUUUAGAUGAUGUAUCACAUAUGGGACCCGGAAAACCAUGUAAAGUUAUUUCAAGGUCCACUUUUUUUUAAGCUUGAAUGUUGUGAUAUAAGUCAUUUUCCUCUACAUCAUCUAAGCGUGUGUUAGGCUGUUUGUUGGUUCGCUCCGAUCUAAGCAGCGACGGGGCCUGACUUGCAACUCGCUGCUUACUUCGGUAUCUAUGAGUCACAUAGUAUAAAAUCCCUGGUAUCCCGACUGAUUAAGUUCAAUGUUUAUUCCCACCAGCUAUAAGGUCCCACAGCUCCUAAGAAAGGUGUGAGCGUGAGUGUGUGCAUGUGUGUAUUUGUGUACGUGCACACGAAUGUAUGAUUCAACCAACUAAGGUAAGAUCGCAUAGAGAUCCAGCUAGUGAAGGUAAGAUCGUGUAACGAUCCAACCAUUCAAGGAAAAUUUUUUUAGAAAUGCAUAAAUUUAAUUAUGAACCAAAUGGUCAAACCCACUCCAUCCAUCGAUCUGGAUAUUGUUGAUUUAAGAACGCUCGUACAAUACGAAUAUAGUAAGCAGGAGCAUCAUCUUGUUGAAACCAUAAAUUCAAUCUAAUUGCAAUAUAUUAAUUUCAAGAUUGGCAACCAUUUAAACCAUACAAGAGUAAAGUACCAUGUUCGAAGCUGAACACCCGCAAUGUUCAGUCCAUUUUAAAGCGACUAGAGUUCCUUCGCAAAAGGCAUUCAAUAUCCAACAUGACAAACUACGAACAAUAUUUUUCUGAAUUAUCGUUUAACAACAGUUAGAAAUAGGAGUAGCUAUUGAGAAUUAUUUGUUCGUCCUAUCGGACGUACGUAAAAAAUUUGAUGAUCACUUUAGAAAUCAAGUAAAAUCAUUUCUUAAAGACGUCAUGAAUUCUCAAUUCGUCAGUAAGACACAAAAAGUAAGUCGGGUACAUAUCGUCAGGAUUUACAUUCACUUUGUGCUUUUGUAUAUUAUUUGUUAUUAACAAUUUGUUAUUUCAGGUGUUAGAGUAGCCGGAUCUAUACAUGCUUUACUACAUUACCGCAUUGUCAAUGGGCGAGGUUAUAAAAUUUUAUUUAGAUAUGAUGUCGGAUGCCGUUAAGUUUUUCAUGAAAUGUAAAAAACGAUUAUGUAAAAAACGACAUGAUGGUUGAACGGCGACAAUUAUUCGUAACAGCAUGCAGAGGGUUGGCAGGACUGGAUGGUAUCAGAACCAGAAGCCGCGCGACUUUCUCACUACAAGAAUGGAAGGAGAUUCUUGUGGAUGUGCUCGAAAACACGAAAUCGUGGAUAAAAGCCUAAUGCAGGCAAUUUUUCACGACCAAAAGUUAUGCGUUGAUAAUUUUAAGACACUGGACGGCAAAAAUGGAACAAGGCUCGUCAAUCAGUAUGUCUUUACAGAAAUGAAUUUUAGGAAACAGCUAUUAGAAACUGCGGGAAUGUUACCCUUACAUGGCUGCCAUUCCCAUGCAGUUCUAUUUAGAUUAUUUAGAACUAAGAACGUCGAGCGAACUUACUUUUUAACGAUAAUACCUGAUUGCAAUGUAUUUGUAUAUUCUUAAGAUAUCUUGAUAAAUUAUUUUGAAGAUUAUUAUAUUAUUUAGACAAUUGAUAAUCCGUUCAAACAAAUAAAUCAGGCCUUUUAGCUUUUUAGAUCAGAUCGAACCAACAGCCCCAACACAUGUUAGGGUGAUGUAGAAGAAAUGACUUACAUCACAGCAUGAAAGCUCAAAAAACAAAGUUAACCUUGAAAUGAUUUUGUAUGGUCACUUGGAUCCUACGUAUAAUAGAUCAUCUAAACGUGAAAUUUCCCACCCUAUUCAAAUCCUAGGUCAAAAUAAGGGGUCCUAUUUAAAAAGUAAAGUUGAUCUUAAAAUAAUUUUCAAAAUCAAGUUCGAAGAUAUGUUUGAUGUCAUGAUGAGUUGACCCUCUCUGAACCAUACAACUUUUAUUUGAAACAUUUUUCGAAUCCUUUGCAAAUUUUAAGUGGUCCUAUUGUUCAGGUUAAAGUGAGACACCCUGUAUAUAUUAGUUUGAAGUAGGAAGAUGUAGCUUAAUUACUACUAAUGUAAAAAAGUAUACCGUUAUAUCAUGGCAACGAUAUUAAUGAUUCUUUACGUUUUUCUAAUAUUACUAAAAUAAUUUCAACACAUUUACGAGUGCUGCAUUUGUUAUAGCU